UUUAGUCUUAUGCACCAGUGGGAAGUGGCUGCAAGAGGAAGUACAAGAGCGAGGGUGAGAGAAAGCAGAAGGGCUGGAAGACGAAGAAGUUUAUUUUGUUCUUCCUGACAGGCUCCAGCACUGGUGUGAAGAGAAAAUGCACCUGCUGCUGUUCAUCCCCCUCUUCCGCCUCCCAGGCUACUCCACCUUAUCGGGUCCAAAAGCAGUGAGUGGCCCAAAGGGGGGCUCAUUGACUGUGCGGUGUAGUUAUGGCCCAGGAUGGGAGACCUACUACAAGUGGUGGUGUCGAGGAGCUGUUUGGAAUAGCUGCAAAAUCCUCGUUAAAACCACUGGGUCAGAGAAAGAGGAGAAGAAGGGUGGCAUAUCCAUCAGGGACAGUCAGAAAAAUCGCACAUUCGAUGUGACCAUGGAGAAGCUCAAGGAAGGCGAUGCAGACGUUUACUGGUGUGGGAUUGAGAGAAUAGGAACUGACCUUGGAGUCCAGGUUGAAGUGUCAGUUGGCCCAGCACCAACUACAAUGUGGACCACCACCACCUCCACCAACACCACGUUUACAGUGCCAGCCACCCCAGAAGAGACCACAGCCUUCCCCACUAUGACGAGCCAGCGCUCUGAUGUCAGGUCUAAGAUCAUGCAGCUCAAAAUUCUCAUUCCCCUCGUCUGUGCCGUGUUGCUGCUUCUCUUGGUGGCGGUCUCACUCCUGGCUUGGAGCAUGGUGAAGCGACAGAAGAAAGGUGCUGUGACAUCCUCAGAGCAGCCCCUGGAGAGUGACCUUUGCUACGCACACCUGACUCUGCACCACGCUGGCACCUCCCUGGUUUCCUCCCGGAAAAAGGCCUCCACCAUGUCUGCCUCCUCUGCCCAGGCCAACCAGGCAGAAGUAGAAUACGUCACCAUGGCCCCCUUUCCGAGGGAGGAGAUUUCCUAUGCUUCUCUGCCUUUGGACACCUUGAAUCAGGAGCCAACCUACACCAACAUGGGCCACCACACAGCCCGCAUUCCCACAAGGAGCCAUGAGGAGCCCACAGAAUACAGCUCCAUCAGGAGCCUUUAGCCACUACUCCAGGGCUUCCUUUCAGAUUUCACCUGAACCUACUGUGGUGCACACAUUGCUGUCUCAUCUGCCUUCUGGCCCUGGUCCCCUCAUCAGGACCAAUGGGCGACUGAGACCUCUGCCCCAAUCCAGCCAGUGUCGCCCCCAGCUCAGGCUCCAGCUCAAGUCCAGACUCAUGGUCUUCUGCGGGUCAGAACAGGAGUUUCUACAACUUCUUUUCUCCCACAUUGCUUGAGAGGGUGCUGGAGGGAUGCUCUGGGCUGCCUUGGAAAUAAUAAUAAUUAUGACAAUAAUAGCAGGUAACCUUAACCUACUGCUUACCACAUACAGUGGGCUGAAUAAUGGCCCUCCAGAGAUAUCCACAUCCUAAUCCCAAGACCUUUGACUGUUACCUUAUAUGACUGUCUUAGGCUGGGUUCUUUAGAGAGGCAAAACCAGUGAAGUGUAUACAUAUAUGUGUGUGUGUGUGUGUGCACGUGUGUAUGUAUGUUUAUAUUUGUGUACACACACACACACACACAUACGUAUAUAUAGAGAAUGAGAGAGAGAGAGAGAACCUCAAGGAAAUGGCUCACGUGGUUGUAGAGGCUGGCAAACCCCAAGUCCAUGAGUCAGAGGUCAGAUGGGGGCUUUUUCUGACUCACAUAGUUGCAGAGGCUGAUGAACUCAUGAUUGGCAGGUCAGAUGGCAGGCUGUUGGCUCACAGGCUGCAGAAGCUGAUGAAUCUCAAGACGGCAGGUAAACUAGUAGCUCAAGUCCCAAGAACCAGAGGUCAGAUAAUGAUAAGCUGGAUGCAGGAUCCAGAGUGACAGCCUUGCUGGAACAUCCAUUUAUAUACUGCAGGCAGGCCACAUUCUCAAGGAAACUCCCUUUCAACCGAUAGGCUGCUCAUACCAGAUCUCAUCAUGGAGUUGAUUACACGAUCACAUAGCUGCCAAAUUACAUCACUGAUACUACAUCACUGACAAGCUGCAUCAUAACUGCCAAACCACUGAGAAUCAUGGUCCAGCCAAAUUGACACUCAAUCUUAACCAUCGCCAUGACAAGGGAGACUGUGAUUAAUUUAAGGAUCAUGAGACAGGGUGUUUAUCCUGGAUGAUCAGGGUGGGUCCCGAAUGUAAUCACAAGGGUCCUUAGAAGAGGUGGGCAAGAAGGUCAAAGAGAAGAAGGCAAUGUGAGAAUGGAAGUAGAAACUGGAGUGAUGUGGCCAGGAGCCAAGGAAUGAGCUGAAAAAAGACAAGGAAUGGAUUCUCCGCCUAGAGCCUCCAGAAGGAACCAGCCCUGUCAACACCUUGACUUAGAUCCUAGUGAGAUGAAUUUUGGACUUGACUUCCAGAACUGCAGGAAAAUAAAUAGGUAUCCUUUGUGGUUUGUUAUGGCAGCAGUAGGGAGCUCAGAUACUAUGUUGCAGGCACUAUUCCUUGCUUCACUUUUGUAACUAAUGUAGUCCUCACAACAACCAUAGGAGGGCGCUGCUAGCAUCAUCCCGAUUUACAGUGAGAAACCUGGGAUCCAGAGAGCUUCAGUGACUGGGACCAAGUUUUAUCUUCAGGAAGCAGAUGAGUUGGAAUUUGAACCCAGUCAUUUUGGCCCCAGAAAUCUGGAGCUUGGGCUACUACCCUACACUGUGUGUAUAAGGAGGAUAGUGUGUGUGUGUGUGUGUGUGUGCCAUGCACACAAGGACACUAGUGAGUGCUUACAGACACUGGCCUGCUGUCCUUGUUCUAGAGUCCUGGACCUCUCCCUGCAGAAUAUAUUCCUGAGUCCCAUCCCGUCUCUGUCUCUGUGGUUACUACUCUAGUCCAAGUAACGCAGAGUUCAUUCUGAAUUCUGCUUACAGCAGCCAGCGUGAUCUUUGUAAAGCACAAAUCUGAUCGCUUUCUGUGUAUAACCUUCUGGUAGUUUCCCUCCCCAGCCCAAGGGGCCCAAGUUGAUCCACGGGUCCCUGCCCGCCCCUUCAACUCCAUCUCUGAAUUCUCUCCUUCUCACUCACUUUGCUCCAUCCCACCAGCCUUUUUUCUGUCCUAACAAGGUGAGGCUUUCUCCCUUCUCAAGGCUUUGGGACUUGUUGGGGCUUCUUUCUGGAAUGUUCUUCCUGAAGAUCUAUGAAUAGUUAGCUUCUUUUCCGUCAUCACAGCUGAAAUGUCCCCUUCAGGGAUGUCUUUCCUGAGCACCCUGAUGGCAGUGACCCUUAUUGCCCACCUCCCAGUUUGGACCCAAUUUCUCUCUGCCAUGUUGCCCUGUGUUACCUCCUUCAUAGCAUUUAUUACUUUAUGAAAUUUCUUACUUAUUGGUAGGUGGCUUCAUUGUGCAUCCCUCUCCACUAAGCUGAAAGCUGCCUGAAGGUGGGGACUCUGUCUCAUUCCCUGCUCUACUCCUUGUGCCUAGUUUAGUGCCUGUACCUGGUGGGUUCUCAAAUGCUUGUUUGUUGAAUGAAUGAAUAAAUAGCACAGCUGGUUCAGACUUAAGAACACAGGACAAGCUCUCAGGAGCAGGGAGGAUUGACUGUGUCCAUCACUCCAGGGAGGGAGUCCUGGGCCAAUUGGUCCAAGGAAUUUCCGGAUUGGCUUCCCAGGAGCAUGAAGUGGGGAGACUACUCCCCUCCUGACAAACAGGGAGAAGCAAGGAGCCAUGAUUUCCUCCUGAUUGGGGGCAAAGGUCUAUUACUUCACUUAGGUCUGUUUUGGUGGCGGCUGGGGAUGAAGUGUCAGGGAAAGGCACCACCCUUGGAACAAAGGACCAGUUAUGCUUAAGAACCACAAGCCUCCUGGUUCACAGGCAAGUGGCCUGGCAGGUACAGGGGCCAUAGAAGUGUUUAAUGGGCCACUAUCAAUGUAUUCAGUCCCUGGGUGGUGUAAGAUGUUUGAACUUGGCUACUAACCUAAAGUUCAGCAGUUCAAACCCACCAGCAGUGCCAUGGAAGAAAGGCCUGGUGAUCUACCUCCAUAAAGAUUACAGCCAAGAAAAUCCUCUGGAGCAGUUCUACUUAGUACCAAUUUGGGUUGGGUCACCGUGAGUCAGAAUCGACUCAACAGCAAUGGGUUUUUGUUUUUUUCUUUUAAAUCAGUGUGUCCUGGAAUUUACCUGACUUCUCACAGCCCUGGACACCCCAAAUAAAACAGGAGAAGUGACAUUGGUGGGCGGACAUCCCAGCAUGCUGCUGCUGCUCUUUGCUCCUGCUCUCAUGCCCCAGACAUGAUUCUAGAAACUUAACAGCUUUUCCUUCCUGGGGGAAUUUGCAGAGGUGGAGCAGGCUUAAAUAUUCUUUAACUGGUCAUUUAAGCUGGUCAGCUCAGAGUAAGACUAUUUUUGACCCAGGCUGUUUUAAGAUUACAAAGCAAGAAGUGGCCACGGAGAGAAGUUUAAAUGACAAAGUUCAAAGCAGAGCAAAAUUAGAGUUGAAGAAUAGAAGUCAUAACAUAAAGCCUGGAACCAGUGAACUACUGCGCCAUUUUGACUCCUGUGUGUAAAGUUGCUUUAUGUCUGACUUUUUAAACAGCCAGCACCAAACGGAAUGUCUAAGUGUAGGCAUAUGUUGGAUAGUAAAACCAAACAAGCCAACCAGUUGCCACUGAGUCGAUUCUGACUCAUGGAACCCUAUAUGUUACAGAGUAGAACCGCUCCAUAGGGUUUUCUUGACUGUAAUCAUUAGGGAAACAGAUUGCCAAGCCUUUCUGCCAUGGUGCCACUGGGUGGGUGCCAACUGUUUGUGACACCCAGGAACCUCAUGUUGGAUAAUGAGGAGCUUAUUUUUUCUGGUAAUAUACUGUCACAGAUACUAGUGAAGAUUACUGUCAAGAAACUUUCGACAUGAAUCUAGAAAGACAGGGGAGACUAGAAUUUAACUCAGGUUGGCUUGGUUAGAGGAGUCUGGCUGCUUCUGUCUUUAUCUGGACAGUGGAUAUGGGUUGGAAAUGGCAGCCAGGCUGAGUUGAGGAAAACCAAAAACCAAACCAAACUCGUUGCCGUAGAGUCGAUUCCGACUCGUAGCGACCCCAUAGGACAGAGUAGAACUGCCCCAUAGGGUUUCCAAGGAGCGACUGGUGAAUUCGAACUGCUGACUCUUUGGUUAGUAGCUGAGCUCUUAAUCCUUGCAAAAGCAGCUUAUAAAGACUGAUCCACUCUGAUCACUUUUAAUUGUCUUAGUCAAGCUUUUAAAAAAGGUGUCUAAUCUAAGAUACAUCUAUUGGCACCAUUUCAUCUGGAAAAAAGGAGAGUGAAGAAAACCAAAGAUAAGAGAAAAAUAUCAGUCCAAAGGAAUAAUGGGCCACAUGAACCACAGCCUCCACCAGCCUGAGCCAAGAACUAGAUGGUGCCUGGCUAUCACCACUGAUGGCUCUGACAGGGAUCCUAAGAGAAGGUUCCAGACAGAGUAGGUGAAAAAUAUAGAACAAAAUUCAAAUUCACACAAAAAAGACCAGACUUACUGGUCUGACAGAAACUGGAGGAAUCCCUGAGACUAAGUCUCCCAGACACCCUGCUAACUCAGAACUGAAACCACUCCCAAAGUCCACUUUUCAGCCAGAGAUUAGACAAGCCUAUAAAAUAAACAAUAACACAAGUGGGAAAUACGUUUCUUAGUUAAAUUAAGUAUACAAGACCAAAUGGAUAAUACCUGCCUAAAAGCAAAGAUGAGAAGGCAGGAAGGUACAGGAAAACUGUACAAAUGAACAUGGAGAGCUCAGGGUAGAAGUGGAAAAGGGGAGAGUGCUGACACAUUGUGGGGAUUGCAACCAAUGUCACAAAACAAUCCAUGUAUAACUUUUUGAAUGAAAAACUCAUUUGCACUUUAACACCUAAAACACCAUCCAAAAAAAAAAAAAAAAAAAGAUAUCUACAAGACAGAUACAUUGUUGGAGAUGUUUUUAUCCAAAACCCAGCCAUCUGGACCGGUGGCUGGCUGAAAAUGGACCUUUCCACGUCCUCAGAGACGGAGUUGAGCAGCCUAUGACGUUUGUGAAACUAGUCCAGUUGAUUCCAUAGCUGGACAGAGCAGACUUCCAACCUUCAGUCAAGCAUUCAGGUCCUUUGGGUGUUGGUUAUGACCUUGGAAUCAGCCACUAAUUCAGCAUGUGGGAGACCCGGGUUUGAUUCCCCGCCAAUGCGCCUCAUGCACAGCCCUCACCAUCUCUCAGUGGAGGCUUGAGUGUUGCCGUGGUGCUGAACAGGUUUCAGAAGAUCUUCCAGACUAAGGUGAACAAGGAAGAAAGGCCUGAUAUCUACUUCCAAAAAUCAGCCAAUGAAAACCCUACAGGUCACAGCUGUCUAAUCCUCAGCCAAUCACGGGGACGGCACAGGACCGGGCAGCAUUUCAUUCCAUUGUGUAUUAGGUCACCAAGACUCGGGCCACCUUGACAGCAGCACUAGAGUUUAGAGGCUGCUGGAGGAAAUGCGCAGGGUCGGGGAAGGGAAGCAAACACACACAAGAGGUUUGAGAGGAAAUUAUUUCAUAACGUUUACAGAUAUGUAUCUGAGUAUUGUCUCAACCCUAUCCCGCUGCUCCGUAAAGACUCUGCCAAGGCUGAGUCUGGGGGCUAGGCUAGCACCUUUAUUACAAAAGAGAGUUCAGAUGGGUUCCUCAGCUGAGUGAGGAUGGCAUUCACCAUCUUGCUGUAUGGUUUCCAGGAAACCAUUCUGCUAAAACAAACUCCAGGACAUUUAAACACUCAGCUCUGGUUGAGUGACUAAUUAUUUAUAGCACACCUAAAGUUGCUGGGGUUUCCCUCCUUUGUUUUUUUGAAUUAUUCAUAUUUAAAGAUUCCACUUUAUAAAAAUAGCAGGCUUUGGCCAGGCUCCUUUUGAGAACUAUGUGAAUAUUAUUGACUUUCAGAAGUCAGAGCUUUUUUGAGAAUCGUGGAAGGAGGGGGAAAAAAUACUGGACUGGUAAUUUAGAUUAGGAGAACUGUCAGGAGGAAGUGAAGCUAACAGUUACCUUUGUGUGGAUACCUUGAAAGUUAGAGUUCCUAACUGCUCAGGCUUGGACAGGCCAGACUGCCAGAGUACAUUAAUUUCACGUGCCAAUAAUUUUUUUUAGGUUGGGAGGGACAGAUAUGCCGGCUAGCCUUUUAUUUUACUUAGUAAAUGCAUUCCUAGGAGUCCCUGGUGGCACGAUGGCUAAGUGCUUGGCUACUUGACAGUUUGAACCCCCCCAGAAGCACCUGGAAACACAGGCCUGGCCAUCUGCUUGCAAAAGAGCACAGCCUUGAAAACCCUAUGGAGCAGUUCUACUCUAUACACAUGGGGUUGCCAUGAGUCAGACUUGACAGCAAUUAAAAAUGAUUCAUUCAUAAACUAAGAGGUAAAUGGAAAGAAUGCUGACCAAUGAAAUCAGAGUGUAAACAGAACUGUUAUGACUACGAAAAUAAAAUUGAAUGCUUUGGAAAGACCCAAUGUAAGCAUGUCAUUUAAAAGAAAAAAUUGCUGACUGGAGGAACCCCUGAAGCCGUGCCCCCCAGUCGCUCUCUUAACCCAGAACUUAAACUGUUCCCAAAGCCCACUCCUCAGAGAAAGAUUAGACUGUACGAUAAAACAGAAAAAAACACUUGUGAAGAGUGUGUUCUUAGUUCAAACAGAUACAUGAGACCAAUGGGGAGCUCCUGUCCAGAGGCAGGAUGAGAAGGCAGCAAGGGACAAGAACUGGUUGAAUGGACAACAAGAAACCCAGAGUGGAAAGGAGGAGUGUGCUGUCACAUUAUAGGGAUUUCAACUAAUGUCAUACAACAAUAUGUGUCUAAAUUUUUGUAUGAGAGAUUAACUUGAGCUGUAAACGUUCACCUAAAACACAAUAAAAAAAAAUUUUGUUGCUAGUA